AGGAACCACUCCUCCCACCCUCACUCAUCAAAGCAGCCUCUUAUCGUUAACAUCAAGGAGAAAAGUUACAACAGCCUCGUCGGAGAAGCCAAGAACUCAUCUCCUCCCUCAUCUCCUCCUCUCCUCCUUCCUCAGGUCAGGGUCAGCUGCAUUCAGAUGUGAGUUGAUGGUGGAUGGGAAGGGAAGGUGUGGGAGGUGCAGGGAGUGGCAGGAGCACUACUACUGGGAGCACAUGGAGGAUGUGAGCAAGAUCAGCUUCUUCAAGUUCAUGACAGGAGAUUUUCAGCAGCGCAUUAGCAUACCAGAGAAGAUUGCCAACAAUUUCAUCGGGAAGAUCACCAAUGGAGGAUUCACACUCAAAGCACCAAGCGGCGAGGAAUGGCGCGUUGGUGUCGAAAAGAUUGCCGAUGAGCUGUUCUUCAUGCCAGGAUGGGUGGAAUUUGCCAGGGCUCACGAACUGCAGGAGAAUGACCUCUUGUUCUUCAAAUGCAGUGGCAAUGGCUCCUUUGAUGUACUCAUCUUUGACGCAGGUGGCUGCGAGAAGGUUUCAUGUUUCUUUGCCAGUAAAAAGGGUACCAACAUGCGCAAACAGUUUGAUAACAUUGUGUGUCAACACGGUGAAGAGCACUGCAUUUUGAGUGAUUCUAAUGAUACUAGCAUGCCACUAUCUCAGCUGAUUCGGUCUACUCACAAGGCCUCUACUUCAAAGAAACCAAGGAAAGAGACUGAAUCUCCAAAGAACAACAACUAUUUUCUUAAGAAUGAGGCAGUAGAGGAAGAAGAGGAAAGUGAUGACCACCACACUGAAUCCGACUACUACUACUACUCAAGGUUUGCAAAUUGCCUGAGUGAAGAUGAUCGAGAGGAAAUAUUCGGGCUGGCAUCAAUUCAAUUAGGCAACCCUGUGUAUGUGGCUGUCCUGCAGAAGACUCAUGUUCGCCGCACGAACAACUUCUUGAUCGUCCCAAGCAAAUUUGCAGCUGAUCAUCUCGAGGGGAGAUCACAUGAGAUGCUGCUUCUCAGGCCAAACAGAAAAGAGAAAUGGUAUCUGAAGUACUACCACGGGAGUGUCACCCGAGGCUUCAACUGCCGGCGCUGGAGCAAGUUUGUUCGUGACAAUAGGCUGCGCGAGGGCUACGUGUGCGUCUUCGAGCUGAUGAAAGGCGCGAGGAAGGCGACGAUGACCGUUCACGUCCUUCGGAAGGUGGACGACAAGUUUGUUCUACUGGGCUAAGUUCCAGCAUCCUCCUCUGUGCCUGUGCCUGCGGUUCAGUAUGUGUACAUUUGCCAGGGAGAACUGAACUAGUAGUAUGGAAGUAGCUUGCGGUGUAUGAUGCAAGUGGACCACUUUUGUAACCUAAAGCACUUCUUAGUGUGGUAGUAUGUUUCCAA